UCUUGGUAAUUCUGAAUCUUUACACUGCAAACUCAAACUGCAAUGCGCUGCUGGGCUGCUUUUCUGCUGGCGCUGGUGAUAAGCUCAAGCCAAGCCAUCACAAGGAUCGCUCUGAGGAAGAUGCCCUCAGUGCGGGAGACCCUGCGCGUCAUGGGAGUGACGCCAGCUGAGGUCUUUGCGGAACUGCGCUUGAAGGAAGCCGUGAAUCCACACCCUAGCAACGGGACUACCCCGCUCACCAACUACUAUGAUACUCAGUAUUUCGGAGAGAUUAGUAUCGGCUCCCCGCCCCAGAUUUUCAACGUGGUAUUUGAUACCGGUUCCUCCAACCUGUGGGUGCCCUCUUACAGCUGCUCUCCCCUGUACACUGCCUGCUUUUCACACAACAGAUACGACUCCUCCAAGUCUAACACACACAUAGCGAACGGGACGGCUUUCUCUAUUCAGUACGGCUCUGGCAACGUCAGGGGCUUCCUCAGUCAAGACCUGGUGGUGGUGGGAGGUAUCCCUGUCAUCCAGGUGUUUGCCGAAGUUACGGUUCUACCAGCUCUGCCCUUCAUCUUUGCCAAGUUUGAUGGAGUUCUGGGGAUGGGAUACCCCAACUCGGCCAUUGACGGGAUCACCCCUGUUUUCGACCAGAUCCUGUCUCAGCACAGCCUCAAAGAGGAGGUCUUUUCAGUGUAUUAUAGCAGGGACCCCCACAAAAAGCCAGGUGGAGAGAUUGUGCUGGGGGGCACGGACCCCAACUAUUACACUGGAGAAUUCAACUACCUCAGCACCAGCAAGAAAGGAAAGUGGGAGAUCCAGAUGAAAGGGGUGUCAGUGGGCAUGGAGUUGUUGUUCUGUAAAGGAGGCUGCACGGCUGUGAUUGACACCGGCUCCUCCUACAUUACAGGCCCCGCCUCCUCCGUGUCAAUCCUAAUGGAAACCAUUGGAGCGAGUGAACUGGCAGAGGGAGAGUACACGGUAGACUGUGGCAGAGUGAAGUCCCUGCCCAGUAUCUUCUUCAGCUUCGGAGGCCAUGACUAUGAACUGACUGGAGAAGAUUACAUUCACUGGCAUUCCAAGUUUGGGGAGGACUUGUGUGUGGUGACUUUUUCAGGUCUGGACGUGCCCCCGCCCACUGGUCCCAUCUGGGUCCUCGGUGCCAACUUCAUCAGCCGCUACUAUGUGGAGUUCGACCGGAGGAACAACCGAAUCGGCUUUGCUCGGGCUGUCUGAGAGGAGAGGAACCUUCCCUCUGGAAUUAAAAUAAAACAACCCUCUCGCUGUCACAACCUCCUUCCUCUCUUAGAGUCUUCCUCUAAUGUGCUCGGAGCAGACCAUCUUAGUCCAUGUUUUCCCCUUAGAUUAAAUUGGAAUUGUGGCACUACUGUCAUUAUAGCGAUGCUAAAUAACCAAACAAAACAACUGUGCUGAAAACAUCCCGUGGUAUUAGGCUUGUUGUCAUUAUCUUGUUCUCUCACAGAAGCUGAGAGCUCACUGAAUUGGGCUCUUAGUAUACCUAGAAUAGAAUGCACUGCUAAGCUUUUUGAUUUUGCAGAGUCUUUUGUAAUACUUAUGUUGACAAUAUUUAAUAUACCUGCUCAGUUAGAAUAUUACAUUUCAGUGCUUUGCUAUGAAAACUAACAUGCUAACUUAUUUAAGUAUUAGUUAAAAAAAAUGGUGAUUCCCAUAUGUAAUAAAUUGUUCAAUUAAAUUACUUAAAUGCUAUGAUAAUGGUAUGAAAACAAUCAGAAAGCUGGCUUCUUUUGCCCCUCUCUAUAUCACGUCACCCAUAUAUCACUUUCUCUUCUUUCUCCUGGUCUCUCUACAAUCUUUAUUCAAUUCAAGCUGCCCCACCCUCCACCUUGUCACAGGCCCAGUUCUAUCAAUGACUAUUAGAAUUAGAUACUUGUUUUUGACCAUUAUUGUACCAUUUAAUUUAUUCAGAACGUAACGUUACUACUUCACCUGUAGGCUAUGCUAAGCUUUCAUCACUAAAAAAAAAAAAGUUCUUCCUACCUUCUGUUCUAAACUUUCAUUUCUUGUUCUUCUCUCUGUGCUAAGUUUGAAGCAGUGUCUUGGGUUAAUUUGAUCGAUUGUAUAUAACAGCAAAUAAAAUUUUGAAACAGCACUUACACCCAGAUAUUUUCAGCAAACUUGCACUUGCACAAAGCUCAAUGGAGACUUGUUAUCUACACAGUUUCAAGAUGGUCUCUAAUGCUGGGCUCAAUCUGAAAGCUCAGGGGUGUUCGUUCUUUGGUCACUUCUCAACAAAACCACAC